AUUUCUGUUUGUCAGCCUGGAGUAACAGGUGAGCUUUGAAAAUGGCAAAAUUUUCGUAAUGUUUGUAAACAUUGUCGAUAUGCCCUCCAAAAUACUGCAGCAACCAACAAAUGGGCAACCUAAACGAAAAGUCCAUUUCCUGUUAUGGUCAUUCCAGGGGUGAUAUCUAUAGGCAACGUCAAGAUUUAAGUCAGUUUAGCUUAGCAAGUUUUGUGAAUAACUGGAGUGGGCGCUCAUACAUUAGUGGUACUAGUCAGCACUCAUCGUACAGUGUUUCCAGACCCUGGUCAAGAGUAUCACGACGAAGAUGGAAAGAAUCUACUUUAAGCAACCCAUACCACAUUGCAAAAGCCACUUGGCCAGUACCCUACAUAGAAGCUGUGUUCUUACCAGAAUUUAAAAUAAAAGGACCAAUAACAGAGAGUAGUUUUCAGGUUUUAAAGCCUUUAUCUUAUGGCGCCUUUGGGCAAGUUUUUCAUGUUAAGAAAAUCGACACAGGCGAUGAUUAUGCUAUGAAAAUUCUCUCUAAAUCAAAGAUAAUCUCUGAGAGUGCAGUUCAACAAGUGAAAGAUGAAGCAAGAAUUCAGUCCACUUGUGGGCACAAUCCUUUCAUUGUUAACUGCCCUUUUUACUGGCAAAGCAGGAAACAAUUAUUUAUAGUUAGUGAUUACAUAAGUGGAGGCGAGCUUCUUGACCUGUGUCGCUCAUGUAUAACAUUACCAGAAACUUUAGUACAAAUCUAUGUCGCAGAGCUGGCUCUUGCGCUAGACUUUUUGCAUAAUGCUGGUGUCAUUUAUCGUGAUCUUAAGUUAGAAAAUAUCUUACUUGACUCUGACGGACAUUGUCAGCUCAUAGACUUCGGCCUGGCUAAGUGGCUACGAUAUGGAGAUCGCACAAAUACUAUCUGUGGUACAUUGCAAUACAUUGCGCCGGAGGUGCUGAGCCGCGAGCCGUAUGGCCACGCCGCGGACUGGUGGUCUCUCGGGGUCCUGGCUUGUUGCAUGCUGUGCGGGCAGUUUCCCGAGUCGGUGGUGGCGGCAGCGGCGGCGGUGGCCCUGGCCGGUGACGAGGCCGGCGAUGUUCCCGCUGAUGGCCAUGGUGGGCAUGACGGCGAGCCGAGGCCGUCGCCGAGGCCGUCGGCGUCCGCGUCCGCAGGCCGGCCGCCCGACGCGCUGCAGCGCUGCUCGGCCGCGGCCAGGGACAUGGUGGCCAGGCUGCUGGACAGGGACCCGCGACGACGCCUCCGCACGCUCCACUCCCUGCAGACCAUCGCCUUCUACCUCAACUUCAGCUUCGCCGACGUGCGCGCCAGGAAGGUCCACCCCCGAGACUUGUUCGAGAACCUGCUCGAAGUUCGUCGACAGAAGACUGAAGACGUGGACGCUCCAUUCCAGGACUUCGACAGCAUUGUCCCCACCAUUGUGUGAAUCGUGAUACCAAGUGUUCAUUGUUCCUUGAACACAUUCCUUUGCCCGAAUCUCAAAUUGUUUUACCAUGCAUCUCUAUUACGCGUUUUUGAAGGCUGUUUAAGUUUUUUUAUGUUCUGUUUGAGUGGUGAGACGAACGAUAGUUUCAAAGUUUAUUCUUCUCCAACAAAGUCAUAAUGUUUAAAAUAAGUUGGAGAAAUAAAUCAAUUUUAGGAAUGC